GGAGUGCGAGCAAGCACAAGUUGAGAUAUGGGGAAUGAUAAAAAUCCGUGAAGGGAAAUCGCUUGCUUCUAAACAAGGCAAUGCUCAUCAUGUUUUUGUUUUUGUUUUUUUUUUACGCUUGACCAGCACAUCAUGUUGAUGCAGACUCGGGAACCGUAUUUGCAGGAAUAGCGGUUUCUGAUCACAAUUCAUGUACAGUGAGUGCUCGGGUGUAGCGCAGACAGUGGCACGGUGAGCUCGUCUAAUGGCUUUGCACGCUGCGACCGUACUCCUGUAUCCAGUUUCCAGCACCAGUUGCGUUUCACAUUCACCUCGUUUUAGGUUUGGUGUUUCUGAUCACUUGUCAGUGUGUAACCGGCCACGACGGUGGCGUCUGUUUGUGACGUGCGCACAAUCCUCCAAGAUUCGAGUUCAGUAUGUGAAUCUCGGUGCGCCUGGGACGACACCGAGUGGGGAAACCUUGGGGAGUCUUGAUGACAACAAUCGAUUUCCCAGCGCAUCGGUCAGAAACAAACGGGAUGAUAGAGAGAGGCAACGAAUUGCGCUGGCAGACCAUCUCCUUGUUCUCGUUCAUGGCAUCAAUGCAGGGCCCAGGGAUUGGGAUGACGUGAAAGAAGUCUUGCAAAGUGAACUCGGGAGCAAAUUUUUGAUCCAUGCAAGCAGCUCCAACCCUACAUUUCAGACAUUCGUUGGAGUAGAUUUAGCUGGCAAGCGCUUGGCGGAUGAGGUUCGGCAGAUCGUAUGGACGAAUCCAGGAUUGAAACGGAUUUCCUUUGUGGCUCACUCGCUGGGAGGUCUAUUCCAACGAUAUGCUAUUGCGAAUCUCUACAACGCUAGAGACUCAACAAUCGCUGGUCUGGAGCCCGUGCAAUUUGUAACAAUCGCUACUCCGCACCUGGGUAUGCGAGGGAGCAAGUCGCUACCGAUGGCUUUUGGGGUGACUGUUCUCGAGGAGCUUGCAGCAAUUUUCACUGUUGGUAGGACAGCGCGUCAGCUCUUUCUCUCGGACGGAGAGCUGAAUGAGCCCCCGCUUUUAUUACGGAUGGCUACUGAUUGCAGCGACGGUUGUUUCAUAUCGGCACUUCGAGCUUUCAAAAUGCGAGUGGCAUAUGCGAAUGUCGAUUACGAUCAGAUGGUGGGUUGGCGGACAUCGUCUAUACGAAGAGAGACUGAGCUUACAACUCCACCCAAUAGAUCGUUAGACGGCUACCAACACAUCGUAAGUGAAACACUCUGCCCUGCAGUGGAGAUCUCGAAAACAAGGUUGCAGUCGCACAAUGUAAAGAAGGACGCCGUUCUUCAACUCUCACUGCCCCUCUCUUACCAGAAAACUGUUGAAGAGGAGAUGAUUCGAGGCCUGCAGCAAAUGUCGUGGAAGAAGGUCGACAUGAACUUCCACUCGGCCACAAUUCCAUUUCUCGCCCACAACCAUUUCCAUGUGAAGUAUGUGUGGCCUGUGCAAUUUGAGGGAGCUGGUUUGAUUGCACAUAUCAAGGAUUCGAUCAAGCGACUUGAUCUUGGACAUGUUGUGGAUAUGGCCCUGGAGAAUGGCAUCUAGAAAAUUGUACACUAUAUGGACCCACAAACUCAUGUAACAAUGGCUUUCUUCAAUGAAUCCUUUAGUUGGGUCUUUUAAUGCUUCAUGGCUUGUUUUCUGAGCCCUGAAUGUAUUUUAAGUGCUGGUAUUGUGUGCUCUAGGUUUAUGUGGAGUUAAUGGAGUGUUCAAUAUUGUGGAUAAGAAAGUAGAAAAAAUAGGCCAUUGAUCUC